AUGUUGGGACCAAGGCGGAAUGGGGGAGGAUGGAGGUUCAGCUCAACCGAAGCUCAGGGGCAGAAGCCUGUUUCUCCGCAUGUCGGAUUCUACAGGACUUUCACGCGGCCCGUGGCCAAAGUCCUGCUGAUGGCUACGUUCACAUAUCAAUUGGCAUAUUGGGGUUGGGUGAAACUGGAGAAGGAAGAGAUCAAGAGGAGUAGAAGUGCAGAGAUUGAAGUGUUGGAGAAGCAGUUGGGUGAUUUGACCAAGAAGGACGGGAAGCCCUGA